UAACGCAGACAUCAGUUAGUUUACUGGUACUGGGUGGAUUUAGAGCAGUAGCAGUAGCAGUAAGUAUUGAUCGCCUGGUGAUUAUGGACUCGUUAUCGAUGCAAUAAAAGCAGGAAGAGAAAUUUUAUUAAAAUCAGUAAGCGAACUGUUAAUAAAUGCUUACAUGCGCGUACGAUUUCAAAAGACUGGAACAAUGCAGUAAUAGUCUUGUUGCACAAAAAAGCGAAAUUACUUAUUUAGAAAAUUAUAGACCCAUCAGCCUCUUGACACAUAUGUACAAACUCUUUAUAAAAAUCUUAACAAAGAGGCUAAUACCUAAACUUGAUUUCUAUCAGCCCAAACAAUAGGCAGGCUUCAGGGCAGGAUAUGGCACAAAUGACCAUUUGCAUACCAUAAAGAUCUUAAUAGAAAAGUGCAUCGAGUACAACAUACCACUGGUUCUUGCAUUUGUCGAUUACGAGGAGGCUUUUGAUUCUGUACAGUUUGAAGCAAUACUGGAAGCACUAAAUCAAAGCCGAAUAGGUUACAGGUACACGACACUAAUCAAAACCAUCUACGAGAACGCUACAUCAAGUAUACGACUACACAAAGACAAAGAAAAAUUCAUCUUAGGUCGAGGAGUUAGACAAGGAGCCAAUAUUUCACCAAAAUUGUUCACGGCAGCUCUAGAGUCAAUAUUUAAGAGCACUCAAUGGCAAGAUAUGGGCAUCAAUAUAAAUGGAAAAAGAUUAAAUCACAUAAGAUUUGCAGAUGAUGUAUUAUUUGCAGAUAAUUUACAUGAUACAGUUUUUAUGAUGCAUUCGCUUAAAAGUCUGUCUGAAAGAGCAGGAUUAAAGAUAAUCUUUGAGAAAACUAAACUUAUAAAAAAUUUUGUAAUGAGUGGAAAUACAACUAUUGACAAUAAUACCAUACAACAAACAGACACUUACAAAUAUCUGGGACAUGAAAUCAAAAUAAGCAGAGACAAUCAAACACAUGAAAUACAGAGGCGAAUAGGCCUAACAUGGGCAGCAUUUGGCAAAUUAAGCCAUAUUCUAAAAAGUUCAAUUCCCAUGUAUCUCAAGCGAAAGGUUUAUAACCAAUGUGUUUUACCUGUAAAAACUUAUGGAGCAGAGACUUUGACACUCACGCAAAAAUCUGCGGAUAAACUCAGAGUUACACAACGAGCCAUGGAACGUGCAAUGCUGAACGUGAGCCUUCGAGACCACAUAACAAACCAACUAAUUAGUCAAAUAUCAGGAGUUCAAGACGUCAUCGAAAGAACCACGACGCCUAAGUGGAACUGGGCAGGGCACUUAACCAGAACACAAGAUGAUCGGUGGACAAAACGUAUUAUGGAAUGGAGGCCCAGAAUCUAUAAAAGA